AUGAACACUUCAACACGUUUCACAGAUCAGGAUCCAUUUUCCGAGGUAUGUACAUACAUAGCGUGAAAACCCAAACACAAAGACUAAAAAGGUUUUUUCUGCACUCAACUCAACUCAACCAUUUUUCAGGUCAUGAAUAAUAUAUCAAACAUUUCGGAAGUGUCAGUUUCUCAAAACCAGCAGCGACAAAUGGCGCCAAGAUUUUUCUUUCUGAUAGCCCAUCAGACUGUUAUUAUGAUUGCUUCACUUCUCGGAAAUAUUUUUCUACUCUUCAUUAUUUUGCGGGGGAACAAAGUGGCUCGACGACGUGUAUCACCAGUUCAGGUAAUUAGGCUAGACAAGGCUGAAAAAAAAAACAAAUGAACAUUUUCAGCUUCUUCUGAUUCAUACUUGUAUUGCUGAUUUGAUUUUUGCUGUUUUGUCUUUGGGAACUGAAAUUUUGACAUUGGUAAGGAUUUGAUUUUUUUAUAAUGUCAUAACACCUCUACAAAAUAUUACUCUGCUUGACUCGCUACAAAAUAUUACUCUGCUUGACCCCAUAAUUAAUCUCAAAUUCUCAUAACAAAUUAUUUCAGUUAACUUAUCCUGACUACUAUGGAUCAAACUUCAUCUGCAAACUGAUGCGUUAUGUCCAAAUCUUUCCAAUGUAUGCAAGCCCUUUUCUGUUGGUCGCUAUAAGUGCAGAUCGUUAUCAAGCAAUUUGCCGACCGCUAGCUCAUUUUCGAUCAUCCAGAUAUCGUCGUCCUAAUUAUUUGGCUGCCAUUGCGUGGGGACUCGCUUUAUUAUUCUCAAUUCCUCAAUUAUUUGUAUGGGAGAAACGAGAAAUUCAAGGGUAUGUUGAUGAAAUGAAAAAAAAAAUAAUUUUAAUAUAGAUUUAUGAUCUCGUUUUUUUUUGCAGAAGAGGAAGAUGUUCAGCAAACUUUGGAAAGAAUGGCGCAACUUUGAAUAUGUUUUAUGUGUUUUAUUUCAGUUCAUGUGCAUGGUUAUUGCCCUCUCUUCUUGCUGCUGGAUUUUACUGUAAUUUUUUUUCAAAAUUUGUUAGAUGAUGAAAAAUACUAGGAAUAGAUUUUUGCAAUAAGAGAGCUCAAUAUUUUUAAACUAUCUUUGGAGGCGGGUUAUGAGCUCAUAAUCCAAAAAAUGAUUCAUAAAUCCUUAUAUCCUCCAGAUUAUCAACUCUGAAAGAUCAAAAAAGUUCAAUGUUUCAAAAAAAUUUUAAUUUUUAAAAACUCAAAGGUUUUGUAAGAAACUCUCACCAAUCAAAAAACAUCUUCUCUUCAAAGUUUUUAGAAAUAUCCAAUUAUUUUCCAGAUUUUGUUUGCAAAGCAGUCCGUAUGUCAUCAUCAAAACCCCUUGUCUGUCAAAAGACACAACAAAAACUUGGAGAAACAAAAAGGUAGCAUUUUUUGCAAUAUUAUUAUGUGUAUUGUAAUUUUUAAUAUUGCAGUAUUACAACUGAAGAUUACAUCGAAGAAUUGCGAAAAAAAUCAAAAGGAUUCCGCCGACAAACUUCAGAAUUUGAUAGAAAACGCGUUCAAACUGGUGAGCACAGUGAAGAGAAAUAUUUAGAUUUGAGUUCUCAAAAAAGAGAAAAAUUACAGUUCGUCUGACAAUCACCAUUGUGGCUUGCAAUUUUUUUCUCUGGAUGCCGUAUUGUAUUUACAAUGUCAUUCAAGCGUGUUUCCCUCUAUUCAAUCCACAGCUUUUCGUAUAUUUGGGAAUUAUUGGGAAUCUUAACUCAUGUCUCAAUCCUUGGAUUUAUAUUCUUUUCAACAGAUCACAUGUUGUAAAAGCACUUUGUGGAACAAGACCAAAUUGUUCAGACAUGUCAAGAAGAAGUGAGCUAUUUGUUUUGAUAUAAAUAUAAUCAAAUAUUUUUGAAGAUAAUUUUUCAGUGAGCUACAAUAAAACGGAGUUCUCUUCGGGUAUUAUUGUGAAUACAAACAGUUCACGUUCAAUGAUGAGAAUGUCGCCAAAUGGGAUCGCUAUGAAAGAACCAAGAAAAACACUAUCAUUCCAUCCAUCAGCAUCAAAAUAUUCUCAUCGUCUUUCGGCCACUGAACAAGGUGAGUUUCUCAUUCCCAAGAGAAUUUUUCUGACGCAGACUAAAGUUUGUUUGAUCUAAAUAUGUGAGUGACAAUUCAAUUACUUUUAGUUACUUCACUUCUUGCGCGAAACAACAGUGAAACGUCGAUUCCGUUGAAGGCUAGACAUCAUGUGGCUUUGGAAAAAUCUCCACAUCGAAAUAAUUCAUUCUCACAUAUCCAAACUGUUAAGAAAGCAAUUGAUAAUAAUUCCAAUUAA